GACAUGGACGAAAACGAUGUGUCAAAAAAGUAAACAUCACACUUUUAACUUUUAUUGAAUUAUUGCUCAUCGACAUAAAAAUUUGAUUGAGGCUGCUGAAAAGGACAAAGUAGCCAUGGAAUCCUUGAAGACACCAACAACGCCUCGGCACUUCAGCAAAAAACACGAAGGCACCCCUUGGCGAUUGUUUUUCGCAACAAUUUGCGCCUUGUUGGGUGCCUUGUCGUUCGGAUUUGUGAUUGGUUACAGCUCGCCUGCAAUUCCACAGCUUGAGAAGGCUUCAUUACUCGUAGGUGAACAGAAAGGAUGGUUUGGCUCUCUUAUGACAGUUGGAGCAUUAUUUGGAGGUCCCUUGGGUGGAUGGAGCCUAGAAAAGUUUGGUAGAAGAAUGACCAUGAAAGUUACAGCCCUGCCUUUUCUUUUGGGUUGGAUAUUGAUUGCAACAGCUAAAGGUUCAACUGGGCUCUUUUUGGGGAGAUUUUUAUGUGGAUUUGGAAGUGGACUUGUGACUGUUUGCGUGCCAGUUUAUGUUGCAGAAAUUUCGACCAGUUCAUUGCGUGGGACUCUAGGGGCAGGAGUUCAGCUGUUGAUCACAUUAGGAAUUCUCAGUGCUUACUCAAUGUCGGCAUUGAAAUUCGUCUGGACAGAGAUUGCAUAUAUUGGCAUCGGACUGUCAGUUCUACAGUUCCUUGUGCUUUUCCUUAUUCCUGAAACACCACGAUGGCUGCUGGUGAACAAAACCAAGAAAGAAGCCGUGCUUGCCUUGCAGCAACUUCGACAUCAGCACGCAGAUUGCGAGGACGAAUGUCGUGAUAUCGAAGAGGGUCUUGAUAUAAAGGAAUCAUUUUCCUGGUCUGAAUUCAGAAAGCCUGAACUUUCAAAGCCGUUAAUAAUAUCCGUGAUCAUCAUGAUCUUUCAACAAUUUGGAGGCAUUAAUGCAGUCAUGUUCUACACAGAGUCGAUAUUCAACAGCGCUGGAUUGAAAGAUGGUCAAAUGGCAACAGUAGUCAUUGGUGCAGUACAAGUUGUUGGAACCCUGUUGGCAUGCUUGCUUAUGGACAGAAUUGGUCGUAGAAAGCUCCUUAUCUUUGCUGGUGCUGUUAUGAGCAUUGCCUGUUUCAUGUUCAGCUGGUAUUACUACAAGAUAUCGCAUGGGGCAAAUGCAGAAAACAUGGGACCUUUAGCAGUGAUCUGUCUUGUCCUGUACAUAAUAGGCUUCUCUUUGGGAUGGGGACCGAUUCCGAUGUUGAUUAUGUCAGAGAUUUUCCCAUCUAGAGUUCGUGGGGCUGCGAGCGCAAUCGCGAUUUUUGUCAACUGGUCUUGUGCUUUUAUUAUAACCAAGGAGUUUCUCUUCAUUCAAGAAACAAUUGGCCCUUCGAUGACAUUUUCGAUGUUUGCGUGUUCAUGUCUGUUCAGUGUUGUCUAUGUUUGGAAGAAAGUUCCCGAGACAAAGGGAAAAUCCCUGGAAGAUAUUGAACUGUUUUUCCUUGGAAAGAGCAUGAUGUAUGUUUAAAACAUCCAUGUAGCAAAACUGUCUUUGCUGGGUGAGUGCUUAAUAAUAUAUUUGGUAAUAUAUUUGCCCUUUUUCCUUACACUCUGUUUUAAUGACUUUGCACAAACAUUUGAAAAGUAGCUUUUAUAUAUAUUUUAGGUAUAACUGCAUUAGAAUUAAAUAGUUGGGUGUUUAACAUUGUUUUAAUACUUCAAGUUGCUUUAUUGUGCUAUUACAAAUUUGCCAUAUAAAAGACAGCUGAACUUUUUUUACCUUCACCUUGUAUUUAUCUGUAAUACUUGUAUGAUUAUCACACAAAUACUUUGUGCUUAUUUAUGAAUGUAUUUUUUUUUGUUAUUAAGGUCUGAAUAUAAAUAUCAGUUAUGUAAAUGUAUAUUAAUGAAAUAAAUCAUUCAGUGGUAGUAAGCAUGUAGUAAAAUAAAAGUACAUGUAUGAUCCUGCUUUAAACAUAAACAACAACACUACACGUAUCACCCUCUAUGAACAUCCUGAACUUAUUUGCAUACAUCAUCACAUUAUUUGAUGUGAUAGUGUUCUUGAUGUGAAAAACAUGUAAUAGUGUUCAAUCCGUUCUAUGAGGGCUUGUGCUGCCAUGCGCCAAAUAAGCCUAUGGCUACAAAUGAGCAAAUUUGGCUCAAGAAAAUUGUAUGUGACUUAAGCUUUUUCUUCAUAAAACCUCAUAAAACUGCCGUAAUGAAAAUAAUUAUUAUGUUUUAAGGUAAUUUUGGAUCAAGAACAUGUUCAGCCAGAGGUAACCCUGCUUAGGGACACAAUGCACUACCCUAGAAAUGAACUCUCAAGUGUAACAAUUAUUGAUAAAUCUUCAUGUGAAAACAAUUUCAGAUAUAUUGUGUGCAAGGUUAAAAUCUAUAAAGACAUGGUUAACAGUCAGAUGCAUGAAAGUGCUACAAAAAAUGUACCGGUAUGCUUUAUAUUGUUAUGAAAAUAUAUACAUUCACAUCACUGCAACUUCUAUGAAGCACUGUAUUAUAUCUACUAUACAUAUCACAUGGGGAUACUUCUUGUAUGCACUUUUUUUCUGCUUAUGACCAUUAUAAUUAUUGUUCAAUUAUUAUCUGUAAUGGGUGGUAUUAAUUCAUAUUUUCUAACUAUCAUAAAUUAAUUCUUUUAAUUUAUGUAUAUUUUAGGCCUUUUCAUGUGCAUAAGGCCUGUUUGAGUUAUCUAGAAAUCCAUAUUAAUUGUCAGGAAAGAUUUACUAGCAACAACAACUAUUUUUAAGGAAUGUUAGGUACCAUACAUGUGCAAUAACUUGAUACCCAAGUUGAUGUUAUAUUUAUCAGCAUAUACCAUGUACCAAUCUCAGAUGUAGAAACAAAAUAGAAAGUCUCAUGUUAUGCUGGUUUAAACUUGUAGUCAACAAAAUGGAGAACACAGGCCAUUUAUCACAAUAAUCAUGCCAAUUGUUAUGCCCCCCUUCGAAGAAGAGGGGGUAUAUUGUUUUGCACAUGUCGGUCGGUCCGUCGGUUGGUCUGUCGGUCGGUCCGUCCACCAGAUGGUUUCCGGAUGAUAACUCAAGAAUGCUUAGGCCUAGGAUCAUGAAACUUCAUAGGUAGAUUGAUCAUGACUGGCAGAUGACCCCUAUUAAUUUUCAGGUCACUAGGUCAAAGGUCAAGGUCACAUUGACUUGAAAUAAUAAAAUGGUUUACGGAUGAUAACUCAAGAAUGCUUACGCCUAGGAACAUGAAACUUCACAGGUACAUUGAUCAUGACCGACAGAUGGCCCCUAUUGAUUUUCAGGUCACUAGGUCAAAGUCACAGUGACUCGAAAUAGUAAAAUGGUUUCUUGAUGAUAACUCAAGAAUGCUUACGCCUAGGAUCAUGAAACUUCAUAGGUACAUUGAUCAUGACUGGCAAAUGACCCCUAUUGAUUUUCAGGUCACUAGGUCAAAGGUCAAGGUCACAGUGACUUGAAACAGUAAAACGGUUUCCAGAUGAUAACUCAAUAAUGCUUACGCCAAAGAUCAUGAAACUUCAUAGGUACAUUGAUCAUGACGGGCAGAUGACCCCUAUUGAUUUUCAGGUUACUAGGUCAAAGUCACAGUGACUCGAAACAGUAAAAUGGUUUACGGAUGAUAACUCAAAAAUGCUUACGCCUAGGAUCAUUAAAGUUCAUAGGAACAUUGAUCAUGACUGGCAGAUAACCCCUAUUGAUUUUCAGGUCACUAGGUCAAAGGUCAAGGUCACAGUGACUCGAAAUAGUAAAAUGGUUUCCGGAUGAUAACUCAAGAAUGCUUAUGGCUAGGAUCAUAAAACUUCAUAGGUACAUUGAUCAUGACUGGCAGAUUACCCCUAUUAAUUUUUAGGUCAUUAGGUCAAAGGUAAAGUUCACAGUAACUCGAAACAGUAAAAUGGUUUUCUGAUGAUAACUAAAAAAAAAUUAGGCCUAGGAUCAUGAAACUUUUUGGUACAUUGAUCAUGACUGGCAGAUGACCCCUAUUGAUUUUCAGGUCACUUGGUCAAGGUCACAGUGACACAAAACGUAUUCACACAAUGGCUGCCACUUCAACUGACAGCCCAUAUGGGGGGCAUGCAUGUUUUACAAACAGCCCUUGUUUUUAUGUAUGUGUGCAUACACAUUUUAAGGAAACUGUAUAGUUUGGUUUCAUAUAUCUAUAUUUCAUAUAUCUAUCAUAUUUGUGAUGAUACUUAUAAUAAAAUCAUAUUUUGUAUAAAAAUAAAGACUGAACCUGAUAUAUGUAUUAUCUUUAAGAGAGCAUGUGCUUAAAGUGUCUUUCCCGAUUAGCCUGUGCUGUCUGCACAGGAUAAUCAGGGACAACACUUUCCCCCUAAACUUGAUUUUUUUCUAAUUAGAGACUUUCUUGAAACGAAAAAUAUCAUAAAAGCGGAAAUUGUCGUCCCUGAUUAGCCUGUGUGGACUGCACAUGCAUUAAAACCCUUUUUCACAGAGCACGGCCCAUAUAGAAUGGUUGGCAGACUACUUAUGGGUAAUUUAUGCAUGAACUAGAUUGUUUGUAGUUUAAGCAUUUAAGACAUAGCAUACUAGAAAUAAUAAGUCUUUGUACUAUAACUGAAGGUGCCAGGAUCAGAAUAUUUUAAGUUAUCUUUUAGCAAGAAUAAGUUUGCUUCAUUGACUUCAUUGAAAAUAUUUACCACUGACUCAUAAUCACCAUCAAGCAUAGAUAAUGUUAGAGGGUUUCAUGUUUUUUUUUACAUUUUAAUUCAUUUUUGCCAUCUUUUUUUAUUUGUUAUGAAAUGAUUCCUUGUUAAGCUUGAGAUAUUUUGUUUGAAGCUUGCAUUUAUUACCCUGUUUUGCUUAUGGGCUGGCACAAACUAAUUUUUGCAAACAUGUUCAGUAUUCUUUUGAUAGAUUUUUGAAUGAAAAUCUUUGGUACAGUGAAGUUAUUUUUCUAUGCACAAAAUGUGGUUACAAUGUUUUAAUGUUCUGAGUAAAAUUUCUUCUUGUUGUUAUACUAUGAUGUGUACAAGCUGUUUAUCUUAAAUGUAAUGCUGUUAUGUCAUUCCUAUUAUUUAUAAUAUUAUUUAUCCUCAAUUUACUGCAAUUUGAAAAUACAAAAUUUAAUGAUAAAACUAUUCAUGUACUGUUCCAUCAAUAUACAACUCUUGCACUAGUAAGAUAAAUUUACAAUUACUUUAUUAUUAAUACACUGCACUCUGUUAAGUUGUUAAAUUAAUGUACUUGUUGUAGAUGCAUUUGGGAUUUUCAAUAAAAUUUAUGGUUUA